CUUCCCGGGGCCAUUGCCAACCCUAAGCUAUUUAAAACGACUUACUGAGGGAGAUAUCCACUCGGAUCACAAAAAAGCAGCACCGACAAACUCGCUCAGGCACGGAGCAGCUUCAAUAGCCGGAGAAUCCUCUUGAGGCGGUUCCAUUUUCUUCUUCUUUGCUAGACUUCGCUUCCUGGUUAGGGUCUUUAAUACUUUUCAGGCAUUUCUUGAUUCUUCAUUCGAUAGAUUUAAUAUUUUUCAUCUUUCUUUAUCUGCAACCCGUAAAUUUCGGUUGGAGUCCGAGGCUGUUUGCAAGGAAUCACGACAUUUUAGGAAUGGCGAGAUUUCCACUUCAAGAUCUCUGGAAUAUUCUUCGAUGAUGUAGGGUGAUUAUUUGAUGGGAUCUUGCCUAUAGACUCUCUGAGAGAAAUGGUGGGAUCGUUUGUUGCUUUGAGAUCUACGGUCCGGAUUUGGUGCUUUGUUUGAAGGAUGCUGGCAGUAUUGGUGUUUUGAUGGAACUUUGGUGGUAUAAAUGUAUAAUGUGAUUGUUUCUGUGUGAUAUGCUGAGAAUUUGGAAUUGAGAUCUACAGUUCAGGUUCAACAAUUUUUUAGAAUUUCGCAUUGAAAUCUAAAGUUCAGGUUCUACCAUUUUUUCCCCUGCUCUGAUGAUGAAAAAGACUGUACGUCCACUGUUCAGUCUUAUGCUCUUGAUUGUGUUCGGUACUGCACUGAGCUACAGAGCAGUGUUUCGUUGGAGUUUCGCUGCUCUGCCUACGGAAAAUGCCAUUGCAGCUGUCCCACCAGUUGUCUUUAACUCGACUCUGCUUAGACUCGCUGGGAUUGAGGUUGGAGAAGCGGAGACCCGGCAAGAGGUCAAUCAUUUACUGGAAGGGAAAUUUGGGGUUCUGGGUCAUACACGUUCCAUCUCAUCAUGGAAGCAAUACAAUCUUGAUGAACGGCCGAGAUCUUCUCGGCAGAUACCCAUCCAACUUCGUUCUCCAAAGUAUUACAGAAUCUGGCCGGAGUUCCUUAAAUGUCUCCGUAAUUGGUUCCAUAACAAGAAAUUCCAACCUGAGAUCAUGUCAGAGUUGAUCGGUCUCAUUAAGCAUCCCCUCGACCAGCAUUAUGGUAUUGCAAGUGCCAAGCGCCGGUAUUCUUCUUGUGCUGUCAUUGGGAACAGUGGGAUUCUACUGAAUAACGAGAAUGGCGAGCUGAUUGACAGCCACGAGAUUGUUAUCCGAUUGAACAAUGCCCGUAUUGAGGGGUAUCAGCGGCAUGUGGGUUCUAAAACCAACAUUACAUUCAUAAACAGCAAUAUCCUUCAUCUCUGCUCCCGCAGGGAAGGCUGCUUCUGUCAUCCAUAUGGUCCAAAAGUGGCGAUUGUUAUGUACAUUUGCCAACCGCUCCAUUUUAUGGACUACGUGCUGUGCAAUGCACCGCACAAGACUCCGUUGCUCGUGACCGAUGUUCGGUUUGACGUCUUGUGUGCUCGGAUAGUGAAGUACUACUCGCUGAAACGGUUUGUGGAAGAGACGGGGAAGCCUCCGGAAGAAUGGGGUGCGGCCCAUGAGGGUGGCAUGUUUCAUUAUUCUUCAGGGAUGCAAGCGGUCAUGCUCGCAUUGGGAAUUUGCGAGAGGGUGAGUGUUUUUGGGUUUGGAAAAUCAGUGUUGGCAAAGCAUCACUAUCAUACCAACCAAAAAGCUGAGCUUCAUCUGCAUGAUUAUGAGGCGGAAUAUGCCUUUUACCAUGAUUUAGCUGUCAGACCACAGGUAAUACCAUUCCUUAAGGAAUCUGGGACGAAGAUGCCUCCCGUGACAAUAUAUCAUUGAAUGAGUUUGGAUUGAAGCC